CGGCCGGGCGGAGGCAGCGUCUCGCGGAGGCGGUGGCUUCACUUUCCAGGAGUCAGGGGCGGCCGCAGCAGCAGCGGCGGGCAGCAGCCUCGGGAGCCGGAGCUGGAACGGCCGCGGGCAGCGGCGGCGGCGCUGAGGGAUCUAAAAUGUCCACUGAGGCACAAAGAGUUGAUGACAGUCCAAGCACUAGUGGAGGAAGUUCUGAUGGAGACCAGCGUGAAAGUGUUCAGCAAGAACCAGAAAGAGAGCAAGUUCAGCCCAAGAAAAAGGAGGGAAAAAUAUCCAGCAAAACAGCUGCUAAAUUGUCAACUAGUGCUAAAAGAAUUCAGAAGGAACUCGCAGAGAUUACGUUGGACCCUCCUCCCAACUGUAGUCUGGACCAAGGAGACAACAUUUAUGAAUGGAGGUCAAAUAUGGGACCCCCAGGAUCUGUCUAUGAAGGAGGGGUGUUCUUUCUUGACAUUACCUUUUCACCAGACUAUCCGUUUAAACCCCCUAAGGUUACUUUCCGGACAAGAAUCUAUCACUGUAAUAUUAACAGCCAGGGCGUCAUCUGUCUGGACAUCCUAAAGGACAACUGGAGUCCAGCCCUAACCAUUUCUAAAGUUCUCCUCUCCAUCUGCUCACUUCUUACUGAUUGCAACCCUGCUGACCCUCUGGUGGGCAGCAUCGCCACACAGUACAUGACCAACAGAGCAGAGCACGACCGGAUGGCCAGACAGUGGACCAAGCGGUAUGCCACAUAGGGGCCUGCUGGCUGCUGCCCCCGCCGGACCUGUGCAAGCACAUUCACCAAGUGCAUCAAUAGCCCUACCCACCCCUCCGGACCUCGGUUCUGACCUUCCUAUUUUUAUUACAUUUUGACCCUUUUUCUGAUGGUGUGUCAUCCAUCCCCCGUCCCUUGUCCCUUCCUCCCCUUCCUCCUCUUCCUCCUCUUCCCUCUCUCUUCCCUCCACCCCUGCCUUCUCAAUUUAUUCCCUUUUUUUGAUUUCUAUUAACUUGAAAGAUUUGGGUUUUUUUUUUUUUUCCCACCUCAACAUGGAUGGGAACUUUUGUUUUCAGUGCAAACAAUGUCGGAUCUGUAAUAGUAAGAGCUUUCUUACAAAGCUUCGUAUUACUGUGUGGUUUUGUUUUUUGUUGGUGUUUGUUUUAUUUUGGUUUUUUUUCCUUUUAUGUGAUCUUUGGGAAAACACGAAUUCAGAAUUAUAUCUCAUUUCUACUUAAAUGUAGUGCUUAGGAUUAAUUUUUUGUACUGAAGUCUUUAUUGGUGGGUGCAUGCUACUGGGAACAAGUUUUUUGUACAAAAGCUUCAAUCAGAAUCACUGUGCAUUACUGAGACUCUGUUUAUCACUAGCCUUCUGUCUCCCACACAGAAGACUGUUGGAUUGAACAAAAUAAUAUGUAUUUUGAUUUACUUAAAGUGCUUGUAAAUUUCUUAGGGACCUGCCACUUUUGACUGUGGAUCAGUUGAUGUACACUUGUAUUAUUAAAGCACUCAAUAAAUCACUGUGGCUGAUAAAUGCACUUCUGGUAACCCAGCGUUUGCUUUGUAUCCUGGUGACCAGCAUAGCCCUACGUGCAGCGAGGCUUGUCUAAUUCAAUUACAGAUUCAAGUGUAUUUUUCAUCUCAGACCUCUAAUAUUUCUUUGUAGCUAAGUUGCUUACCAUGUGGAAUUUCUCCAGCUGUCAAUAACCUGAUGAUUUUAUGGUUGUUUCAGGUCACUGUCACUUUACGUAUUGGCCACACAUUACUUUGUCAUAGACCUCCUUUCUGUUACAACCUUCUUUACUUGACAAUUAAAAUACGGGACUCCAAAAACA